AAAUCGUUUCGUAAUUUUCAUAGAUGGUUCUUCACAUUGAAUGAUUGGAGAAAUAAACUAUAUUUCUUAGUACGAAUUAAAAAUUAUUAUAUAAUAACAAAUUAACAAGAAUCUAAUCUAGUAGUCGACAAUGGCAAGUUUGAUUAAAUUUCGGAAUAUGACUGUAAUACAGAAGUCAGUUUGGAAUCACUUGAUGAAGGUGAACCGAACAAUAACAACAUCCAAGAAAAAUAGCGACACUGCUACUGUCGCGCCUUCAGCCAAUACUAGUACAGAAAACAAGAACUGGGUGAGUUAUGGGUUUGAUUAUAAGGAUCAACAAGAAGAUACUAAUGUACAUCAUGCUUCCUAUUUCUUCUCAAUCACAUUGUGCUUAGUAUUUGGUGGUUUCGCAUGGGCAUAUGCUCCUGAUGUUCAUAUGAGAGACUGGGCUCAGCGUGAAGCAUACCUAGAAUUAUACCGUCGCGAGAAAGCAGGCCUGCCAGUCAUUGAUCCAAACUAUGUCAAUCCGAAGACUAUGAAGCUUCCAUCAGACAGCUCACUAGGUGAAUGUGAAAUUAUCAUUUAAUUUAAACUAAAACUACACCAAUUGUUGUUAAUUGUAGUAUCUUUUUAAAUAUGUACAAUAUAAAUAAAUGAAUUUGUUAGUAUUA